AUGGGCGUACCUGGACUCUCUGAGAUUUUGGAACCAGCUCGGCAUGAGGAAAAUCUGACCAAGUUUGCACUCACAGAAGGCUUUCAGUUGAACCCCCAUGGUGACAACAUGGUUCGCGUUGGCGUCGACGUUAGCGUGUGGAUCUGUCAAGCACAAGCCGCCGCCCAUUCUCAGGCUGGCGAAAAUCCAGGCCUCCGCACCAUUUUUUACCGGAUUUGCCGCCUCCUCGCUAACUCCAUCCUUCCCAUCUUCGUCGAGGAUGGACCUGGUCGUCCUCGUGUAAAGCGUGGAGUGAACAUCAAAGCCGACAAGCUGCACUGGAUGGAACACUAUGUGGAGGAUUUUGCGCAAGAAGCUGGGUGCCCCAUAUAUCGUGCCCCCGCAGAGGCAGAGGCAGAGCUGGCCCAGUUGACUGCACAUGGUCUAAUUGAGGCUGUCCUUACCACCGACUUCGAUGUCUUCCUUUUUGGGGGCACAUGCAUGAUCAACCCGAACGUCAAAGCAGACAGCGACAACAUUAUAUGCUACAACUCAACCGACAUCCAGGACCUGGCAUCUCUCAACUGUGCCAAGCUAAUCUUCAUCGUGAUUUUGAGCAGCGGCGACUAUGAUCAGAUUGGCCUCCCUGGAUGUGGCUCCAAGAUUGCUUAUCAGCUGGCCCAGGGAGGCCUAGAUGACUCGCUUUUUGAAGCCGCGAACAAACUCACUCGACACAAACUCCAAGACUUCCUUGAUGACUGGCGCAAAAAGCUUGCAAACGAGCUACUCUACGACCCACAUGGUGUAAUGGGUAUGAAGCACCCUGCACUAGCCCACAACAUCCCCUCGGACUUCCCCAAGCUCGACGUCCUUCGGCUUUACACCCACCCACUUACCUCCUGGUCAGACUAUGGCAACGGCCCUGAUACGACAUCAUGGGGGCUCCACCAGCUGAACCUGGCCAAUCUCGCAGUCUUGUGCGAGAAGUCAUUUUCGUGGGGAUCUGCUGGCGUCAUCAUUCCUCGUUUUUGCAUGAAUGUCUGGCCAGCAGCUGUGAUGCGGAUGCUCCUCAAUCCCAUUGAUACUCCUGGAUCAGUUGAUAGCCGCCUCACGCACUCUUCUCUGUUUCAUAUUGCAUGGGAGAGAUUGGUCCAGGUGGGCCAAAUUCCGGUGCUAUUGUGCCUGGCUUCAGCGUUGAGACAGCAACAUUGGCUCUCAUCCACGAGACCGUUUUGA